ACACACACUCCACACACACUCCACACACACCGGCUUCAAUCUGCACCAGAACUCUUCAAGAUGAUGAAGUUGAGCGUUUCAGCCUUCAUGCUUCUGAUCUGCACGACUGCACUGCUGUGCGCCAAUGAGGGUGAAGCUCUACCUCCACCGCAGCGCUGUCAGUGCAUUAAAACUCAUUCAAAACCACCAAUUCCUAAACGACAAGUACUCGGACUGAAGGUGACUCCUGCUGGAUCACACUGCAGAAACGAGGAGAUCAUCGCCACACUUAAGAAAGGACAGAUUUGUCUCAAUCCUACCGAGACGUGGGUGAUUUCCCUCAAGGAAAAGUUUGCAGCAUCAGCUACUAAAUUAGCAGCAACAGCAGCACCAGCACAGACAACAACAACAUUUUCAACAAUAAUGACCACGAAUUAAAAUGACCAUUCACCGAGCAGCUGGGGAAACUGCAUUACUGUGAUUAUAUUUUAUCAUCUCUGGGUGGUAAAUGAAGAAUUGAAUGUGAAAGCAACCUGCAUCGUAGCUUGCGAAUGGACUGUUAUCACUGUGACUUUACCUGACCUUAACAAUAUACUGUAUAUUAUUAACUAUAUUUAUUUUUAUUGUUCCACUGAAUUGUCCUUUCAUCAUGUGUUCCUUUAUAUUUACAUUGGUUUUAUAUUAUGACAUCUGCUUGUAUGAUUAAUAAAAUAAUAACAAUAAAAAAUCAUAUUAAUACAC